CCGGGUCGCGGGAAGACGAAAAUUGCACAUGUAACCGGAGUGAAGGAGGGAAAUAUUCAGCAGAUCGCUGGAAGAAAAGUACUUCAAGAUGGAUAUACCUCAUUUGACCAACAUCUUGUCGAGUACUUUUGACCCAAACUUAAGAGAAGAAGCAGAAAAAACGUUGAAUGAGAUUCACAAGCAUCCAGGGUUCCUCUCGCUUCUUCUCCAAGUCGUUAUGUCCAACGAUGUACAAAUUCCUGUGAGACAAUCAGGUGUAAUUUACCUCAAGAAUAUGAUUGUCCAGUACUGGAAAGACAGAGAUCCCUCAGAACUGGCUGAUGGUAGUGCUGCGUUUGUUAUUGUUGAGCAGGACAAGGUUACCAUCAGAGAAAAUAUUGUGGAAGCAGUGAUUCAUGCUCCUGAAUUGAUAAGAAUCCAGCUCACUGUGUGUGUAAGUCAAAUUUUACGUCAUGACUUUCCUGAAAAGUGGCCUGGAGUGAUAAACAAAGUGAAUGGAUUCCUGGCAGAGAAUAGCCAAGGGACAUGGAUGGGUGCUCUUCUUACACUUUAUCAGAUUGUCAAGAAGUACGAGUUCAAGAAGCCAGAGGAACGGAAAUUUCUCCACAACGUCAUGCAAAUUCUUUUGCCACAACUGUAUGCAAGAUUCACCUCUCUGAUAGAAGACUCAUCAGAGUUGUCAGUGGAAAUUCAAAAACAGAUUCUCAAAAUAUUUUUUUCACUUAUUCAGUAUGUCCUUCCCCUUGAACUAAUUACAACAGAUUUUGGGAAUUGGAUGCAAGUUUUCCAAACUGUGGUGAACAGAGAUGUACCUCCGGUUGCUUUGGAAGGUGACGAAGAAGAGUUAGCCCGACUACCCUGGUGGAAAGCUAAGAAAUGGGCUCUGCACGUAUUGUGCCGGUUGUUUGAGAGAUAUGGUACUCCAGGAUCAAUAACAAAAGAAUAUGAGGAGUUUUCUGAGUACUACUGUAAAAAUUUUGCAGGAAGUGUGACACAGAUUCUUCUUAAAGUACUGGAUCAGUACAGAAGAAAAGUGUUUGUGGCUCCAAGAGUACUUCAGCAAACCAUAAACUACUUGAAAAAUGGGGUUUCAAAUGCACUCCACUGGAAAAUAAUGAGGCCUCAUAUCCAGGCAAUAAUCCAAGAAGUUGUAUUUCCCUUGAUGUGUUACACCAAUGAAGAUGAUGAACUCUGGCAAGAAGAUCCAUAUGAGUUUAUUAGAGUUAAAUAUGAUAUCUUUGAAGAUUUUGUCUCGCCUGUCACUGCGGCAGCCACCCUUCUUCACACAGCUGUUUCAAAAAGAAAGCAAGUUCUUGACCCCACCAUGGUAUUCUGUGUACAUGUCCUUAACCUCCCUGCAGAACAGAGGGACCCUAGACAGAAGGAUGGAGCUCUUCAUAUGAUUGGCACAUUAGCUGAUGUGUUAUUAAAGAGAAAAAUGUACAAAGUAGAGCUGGAAAAUAUGCUAGUGCAGCAUGUAUAUCCUGAGUUUAAAAAUUCAUUAGGAUACCUCAGAGCCAGGGCAUGCUGGGUCUUGCACAGUUUUGGCGACAUAACCUUCAAAGAUGAAAGAAACCUUGCCACAGCUGUAAAUUCUGCCCGUAUCUGUUUAACUGAAGACACUGAUGCCCCUGUCAUUGUGGAGGCAGCCAUUGCUUUACAGUUUCUCAUAGAGAAACAGGAAGGAUCUAAAAAAUAUAUUGAGCCACAUGUGCGUCCAAUCAUCCUACAGCUGCUGAAAGUUAUACGGGAAACGGAGAAGGACGAUUUGACUGGGGUGAUGCAGAAACUUAUCUCAACGUAUGGACACCAGGAACAAGUUGCAAGCAUUGCAAUAGAUAUUGCUAGAGAUCUGGCAACCACUUUUGUUCAACUGUUAGAUGGGGAAGAUAGUGAUGAGAAAGCUGUUACUGCCAUGGGAAUUGUGAACACGCUUGAAACAAUGUUAAACGUGAUGGAAGGAUCUAAAGCUAUUGUACUUCAAUUGGAACAAGUUGUAAUUUCUUUAAUAGCCAAGGUUCUCGAGCUGUCUGUAAUGGAAUUUUAUGAAGACAUUCUUUCCAUUAUCUGCACCUGUACAUGUUUUGAGAUCUCGCAGUCCAUGUGGGCGGUGUAUUACAUGGUGUACGAGGCUUUCCAGAGAGAUGCCUUCGACUACUUUGCAGAAAUGAUGCCAUGUUUACACAACUACAUCACAGUGGACACACCUGCCUUUUUAGCAAAUCCAAAGAACCUUGAGAUAAUCUAUAACAUGUGUAAAAAGAUGUUAACAGAUUCGUCAGCAACAGAAGAUCAGCAGUGCAAUGCAGCAAAGCUGUUGGAAGUGACAAUACUUCAAUGCCAUGGACUGAUGGACCAGUGGCUUCCAUUUUACAUUGAAGCAGCACUGGAGAGAUUGACGAGGGAGGUGAAGGAGAGUGAAUUAAGAACUAUGUGCUUACAAGUGGCUAUUGCAGGGCUAAUAUACAAUGCCCCUCUCCUGUUAAGUAUUCUGGACAAACUCCAGUUUCCAAACACUAACGAAACUGUGACGGCGCAGUUUUUUAGUCAUUGGGUUAGUGAUUACGACUGUUUUUUCGGUAUUCAUGAUCGCAAGAUGUUCGUGUUGGGUUUCUGUGCACUCAUGGAUCUUCCAAAACCGAUGAGACCACAGGCUCUCCUUCAGUGCUCGCCCCAGAUUCUCCCGGCCUUGCUAGUAUUAUUCCAAGGACUCAAAAGAGCGUAUGAAAAUCGAGGUGAAGGCGACGGUGAGAAUGAAGAUGACCAUGAAGGGGAAUCUGAUGAAGAUGAACUAGCCAGUGAUGAGGAUGAAAUUAACGAAGAUGACGUUCAGUAUAUUGAAAAUCUGGCGAAAAAGGCCGCCGACCAUUUAGAUGAUGAAGAAGAUGUGGAGGAUGAAGAGACAGCUCUGGAAAAUUUUACCACUUCUGUGGAUAACGAAGAAACCGAUGAAUACAUUGCCUUUACGAAUUCACUCCAAGCCCUUCAGACAAAUGACCCAGAAUGGUAUUCCGCUUUGACAAGCGUGUUAACAGAAGAACAGGGCAAUUCAUUACAGGAAGUGCUUGUGCUGGCUGAACAGAAGAGAGCAUCACUAGAAUCCAGGCGAAUCGAGCAGCAAGGAGGGUACAUGUUCACCAACAUGGCUGUGCCGAGUACCUUCAACUUUGGACAGUAACCGUGGAAGAUUUUUUUGUGUUGCUUAUUUCUUUCACGAAGAGACUGCAAAUGAAAAGUUUUUUACGAAAUUAAGGAAAUGAACUUCGAUGAUAAUUUAUAUCUUCAGAUUGAAGAAACAUUUUGACUUCUGACUAAUGGCGUCAUGUGAGUGACUUUGUUAUUGCGUGAUUUUUCUUUUGGUCGAAGCGCAAUUCGUGACAUACAGCAGAUCACGCAACAUAGCAAUUUUGCGUUUCUGCUGUACUUGUUUUCUUGCACUCUCUCGUCUUUUGUACAUAAGAUUAACAUCGAUUUUAUUUGUUGAAGGGUCGAUUUUGCUGACCCUUAUUCAAAUUUUUGUUGUCGGUAAACCUUUUGAUAAUGCUUUGCAAAGUUUUAUUAUCACAUGACAAAAUAGUGCAACCUCAAACCUGCACUGCAGGUGUCACGCCAGUUAUACCCUCGCGAUACUUGGCGCCAUAGGGGGAAAGGACUUGACAAACUCUAGGAAAAUGGUCGUGAGAUGGAAGUCCGCAGUUUUGCACAACAAAAAAAAGUUAGAUAAGGUCAUUGGCGCAGACAAUUCACUUCUGUCCUCAUUAUUCAAGAUGUUAUCUCGGUGAGAUACGAGCAACAAUUGCUCACUUUCUUUAGUAUCAACAGAUGCAGUUCGAAAAAUAUUAUUGAUAGUAGCCGUUUCGUUACGGGUUUGUCACCAAGAAUGAAACUGACUUUGUUCAAAUCAGUGACUUAAAAAUUCAGACAGCGAACCUAUUUUAAUAAAAGAGCAAAUCAAAUGAGAG